UCGAAGUGUCAAUAUAUUGCUGUCUGCCUGCCUGCUGUUUUGCCUCUUAAUUUUUUUGUGGUCGUGAAAUCUUACAAAAUGCAUGUGUAAAGUAAAAUCUCAAAUCUAUAAUUUUAAAGGAUCUUGACAGCAAAAUAUAUCAAUUGCAUUCUAUUAAUAGAAAGCUUAAAACGCUUUUACUAUAAAUUUUGAUUUCGAGUUUAUUAAAAGAUCCACAUCAGCUGUACAUAAAUAGUAGUUUGCAGAUUUAAGAAGCUUGAUGUAUUUUUAAAGAACAUUCUACUAUCAACAGGCAUCAACAUUACAAACCAUGUCUGAUGACGCAGAGCAGCAGACUGAAGAAAUUGAAGUGUUGAAAUCAAUAUACGAAGGAGAUGAAAACUUCAAACAAGUUGACGCCACAACUUAUCAAUAUAAGUAUAUUGAAGGUGAGAAGUCAUUUCUUUUGGAAAUAAAAUGGGGCCCAACGUACCCAACUGAUAAACCGAGCUUUAAUUUGGAUAUAUUCUAUAAUCAAUGUUUAUUACCGUCUGUCAAGGAAAAGAUAUUAAGUAUAGUAGAUGCAGAAGCGGAACAGUGGCUUGGAUGUGCAAUGACAUAUACGUUAUUCGAAUGUUUGAAGGAGAAAUUAACAGAAAUACUCGCGGAGCAAACUGAAGAGGUAGUGGUGUCUAGCAGAGUGGAGAAGAUAGUUUUAGAUGACCAGACCGAAGUCUCAAAGAAACCAGAGAAAAAGGAGCAUUUAACGAAGGCGCAAAAGCGAAGAGCGUGGGAUAAGGCGGAGAUAGGCAGGGCGGGGGAGAAGCCACGCGGGUGGGACUGGGUGGACAUUGUUAAACAUUUAUCUCAAGCGCCCCACCAGCCUGCCUCAUGACACUCCACCACGUAACUGCGAUGUAUGCCAUUCCGCACGCUGACUCUGAAUGGUGCUCUUAUAAAUACAUGUGUUUAUAGCUAAA